UUUACGCGAGCCGAAAGAUGAUGGUUACGGCGGUUGCACCGCGACUCGGCAUCUCGUGAUAUCGUAAAAUUCACACCUCGAUGGUAUGCGGUGACGUCAUCCGAAUCUGCUCUGGAAAGAUCCAGCAAGACAAUGGCGGAUUUGUACGCGCAAUAUAGCUGCACUUAUUGCCAGGAGGACAUCGCAGGUCUACGUGUCAAAUGCAUCGAGUGCCCCGAAUUCGACCUUUGCUUGCAGUGUUUUUCCGCCGGUGCUGAAAUUGGUCAACAUAAAAAUAAUCAUGCCUAUCAAUUUAUGGACUCUGGUACGAUCAGCAUAUUUAAUGGUCGUGGCAACUGGACAGCCAGAGAACAGCUGAGACUUCUGGACGCGAUCGAACAAUUUGGAUUUGGAAAUUGGGAGGACAUCAGCAAACAUAUCGAGACGCGUACACCAGAAGAAGCAAAAGAAGAAUAUAUCGCAAGGUAUCUUAAUGGUAACAUCGGAAAACAUACAUGGCCACCCACAGAUAGCUACGUACCAAAUCUUACGGAUCAGACGAAGUCUGACCAUGGUCCUCUAUCGCCUGACCUCACAUCUAAAUUACCACCAUUGGACAUCACCCCGGAAGAAGCCGCGCAACUGGGGUACAUGCCCCAACGAGAUGAUUUUGAAAGAGAUUACAAUCAUGAGGCUGAAUCUCUCGUAUCUUCAUUGUUCCUGAAUCCUGCCGAAGACGAUGAUCUUGAUAUUGCACUUAAACUAGCACAAGUUGAUAUGUACACCAAUAAUCUCAGAGAGCGAGCCAGACGAAAACGCGUCGUGAGAGAUUACCAGCUUGUGUCGGCUUUCUUCGCGUCAUCCAGGAAAGAUAAAGGAAUAAAGAAAAAACGGACGAAAGAAGAGAAAGAAUUUAGGGACAGAAUGCGUGUAUUCGCACAGUUUUACACAGCACAAGAGCACGAACAGUUCCUAACAAAUCUCGAGAAGGAAAGAGAAUUGCGCUUACGGCUCUCGGAGCUUUAUCGAUAUCGUGAGAACGGCAUUACCAAACAUGAGGAAUGCGCUCAUUUCGAGCAAAUUCUUGCACAAACUCAGAGACAAAACGAUACAGUGGAUCAUUGGACUGAAAAAAAAUCUGGCAGCAGUGGGCAGUCCACGCCAAUACACCGCAGCACCUCAAAAAGAAGAGAAGAAGAAAAAAAUUACGCUUCCAUAGACCGAAAAUACACUGUAAAACAAGAUUUAGUCAACUCCACAGUCAGUCAAGCCAAUCACAAUCGGACGACGACUCCAGCCAAUCAGUGGGCGGAGUCGGAUAGCAAUCCAAACACUUCCAAUCAGUCGACUUCCAGCCCCAGUUCUUUACACGAAAAAAGUUACAACAUUGGUUCCACUAUUCAAGAGCGAGAUAUAGAAUUGGAGGCUGCAUCUCAUCUUUUAACAAAGCAAGAAAAAUCCUUAUGUAUUCAACUUGAUCUAAAGCCGACUCAGUAUUUGACGCAAAAGACAUUGUUAUUACAAGAAUAUUUAACCGGUAAUAGGAGAUUGAGUAUUGUACCUCAAUCAGAACCAGAAAGCAAAAUUCUUCAUUAUUUAGUAACUAACGGUUGGAUUACAGCCAAUUGAUCAAACAUGUAAAAAUUUACGAUUUUUUUGCCACUCUAAGUCAUUUCUAAUUUUAUAAGCUAAGUCUUAGAUAUAAUUAAAAUUUUUAAGUCUGAUUCAGAGUUAAAUGUAAAGCAGAUGGAUAAAGACAAGAAACGGAAGAAAAGAACGCAUACGUGCAUAAUAGUUAUGUUGUUACUGAUCCUUCUUUUACAUAGGGAUAUUGCUAUAAUAUAACGUGAUCUAUAGUUCAACGUAGGAUCAGAUAGAUUCACAAUCAGGCGCAAUUUAUGUGUUUGGCGUCUGUAAUAAAUCUGGCAAUGGCUGCGUUCAGAGAAAACUGAUCAAUCAACACUCAAUAAUUCUUUAAUAUGAUUGAUUCCUACACUUAGAUUCAUUACAGCAAAGAACUAAAGGCGAAUCAAUUAAAGAAUCACUGAGCGUUUAUUUAUCAGUUUUCUCUCUUGAACGUGGCCAAAGAGUUCAGGGUCGAUUUUAUAAAAUCUUAGCAAGUGUUCAAUUGCUUCUUUAUUUU